AUGGCCCGACUUAUUAUUGAUAAAAAAGAUUAUGGAAUUCAUUCUUUCUUAGUGCAAUUACGUGGUGAAGGGCAUAAACCAUUACCAGGAAUUGAAAUUGGUGAUAUUGGACCGAAGUUAGGGUAUAAUAAUAUUGAUAAUGGUUUUCUUCGCUUUACCAAAGUUCGAAUUCCACGUACAAACAUGUUAAUGAAAUUUUCCAAAGUUUCACCUUCUGGAAUUUAUUCUACACCACCUCAUGCGAAAAUGGUAUAUGGUACAUUAAUAGAUGGUCGUGCUGAUAUUAUUUCAAAGGCUGCUUAUUAUCUGACUGCCAUAUUAACAAUAGCUAUAAGAUAUUCAAUUAUUCGUAAACAAGGAAAUAAAUUUUCAAGUCAAGAUGAAUUCCAAAUAAUUGAUUAUCAAUCUCAACAAUAUAAAUUAUUUAAUGGAUUAUCAAGAUCAUAUACUUUUUUAUUUACCAGUAGAUUUAUAAAUAAUUUGUAUAUUGAAAAUAUUACUAAAAUGGAAAAAGGGGAUGUUACUCUUUGUACUGAAUUGGUAUGCGAAUCAAUGGAAGAUGCUAGACGUUGUUUUCAACAAGGGAAAUUUACUGGUGGUAUUCAAUUGAGUUAUUUGAUGGAUUUUGAUAAAAUUUUAUAUAAGAAAUUCCCCGCAAAUGUUAAAGAAGAACAUAUUUUACAUCCUGAAUCACAAAUUGAAGCUUUAAAGCAUCGAUAUAUAUCUCUUUUAUCAAAUUUAUCUUCCUCCUUGGAAAAAUCAUCUCGAAUUCAUCCUAAUAACAAUAAUAAUACUCUAAAAGAAGCAGAAGCCAAAUCUGAACAUAUGAUUGAUAUAAUCAAUGUUUCCCGUGCUUAUUGUUAUUUCAUUCUGUUAUUUAAUGCUCAUCAAGGUUUACAAUCUGUUAAAAAAGAACAUCCAUUAUUAUAUCCUUCUUUAAGAAGUUUAAUUGAUUUAUUUUUUAUUAAUGUUGUUUUAUCUCAAUUUGGGGAAUUUUUGAUUACAGGUUAUUAUAAUUCAUAUCAUAUUAAUCUCUUAAAAAAUUUACAAAAAGAAUUAUUGAAAAAGAUAAGAGUUGAUGCUAUAGGAUUAGUUGAUGCAUGGGAAUUUAGUGAUAAUAUGUUAAAUAGUGCGUUAGGAAGAUAUGAUGGAAAUGUAUAUGAAGAAAUGUAUAAACGAGUAAAGAUGGAUCCAUUAAAUUUGAAACAUGAGAAAGGAAUAUAUGUUGGUUAUAAUGAGUUGUAA